CGAGUCCUCAUUCGCCAUACCAAAUUUAAACUUGAAUUCACAUAUUCUGAAGAAGAAACCGUCAACUAUUUUCUCCGGCGAACUGUGUGUUUUUUCCGGUGGUGUAUCACUGUGUGUUUCUAUGUACAUGAAUUCUGAAUCUACUUCCUUAUGCAUAUUUUUGCAUUCGUAUCAAAUCUUCUUCGAUUUUCUAUUCAAGUUCCUUUCCUUGUUUUCAAUUUUCCCUCCCAAUUCUCCAGGAAAAUCUGAUUUUCCUUUCCGUACAAACAUUCGUUAUCCUUUUUCUGAACCUCCGCCUCCUUCAGAAAACGACUGUAACCGCUCGCUGGAAGCCUAGAGGAUUUUCCGUAGAAUUGUGACUGUUCGAUUUUUAAAUCUAAGCGGUUAAAAAAUGGAUAACGAAGUGUUUGAUAGUGUGAAAUUUGAGAAAGAGAAGGCAAUUUCUAGGUAUAAUCGGUUUCAGAAUAUGAUGAAGAUGCUACAAAUUUUUGAAGUGAUUGUGGCGGUUGUUUUGAUUUUCUGGUCCUGGUAUCGUAUUCCGGCGGCUGUGAAAUUAUCUGGCGAAUUUUUGGUUCAGAUUUCUGGUUAUUUGUUUAAACCUCACGUCGUUUUUUUCAUCGGCAAUGCGAUUAUUGUUGCAAUAGUCGUGCUCCGCCGCCAAACUGACGCCGGAAGCAACAAUUCUGUUACUGAUGAUAUUGAUAGCGAUGAAAUUCCUUACAGCGAAGAUCAACGAUCGAUAAUUUCUGCUUCCUACUGCAGCAGCGAUGUGCUGGAUUUAUCCUCUACUUCACUGCCGGAGACACCGGUCUCAACAAUGGAAGAUAAGCAGAUCGUUUCAUCGGAGUAUAAGGUUCCGGAGAUACAAUGCAACGAUAUGGCCACAGCAAUUGAUACAGCAACAAAGCAAAUACAGAAGUUCAAAAGGACUCAAUCUGAGAAAUUGAAGCGACAAAUUACGGCAAAUCCACGGCGAGAGCUCCGGCGUUCAGAAACUGAAAUGCGCAGGAUAGUUGUCCGUCCUGGCGAUAAACAAUCAACAGUGCCAGUAGAGGCAGUUGACACACUGAGCAACGAAGACUUCCGGCUUACAAUUGAAGCGUUCAUAAAGAAGAACCAAACCUUCUUCGAAAAACAGAGGUUAGCCGAAUCAGAACCAGAAAAAUAUGAACGAAUCGGUAUCAAAGCCUUCUGAAAACUGUUACAUUUUGUUGGAUCAUAAGGAAUAAAAAUCUAUGGAGUAAUAGUUUCUACUACAAUAUCGCAAAGGUGAAUGAGUAUUAGUGUUAAUUACCUAUGAAUGUACAGAGCUACUCUGCCUAUUCCCUGUUUUUCUGGAAUUAGGAAGCCAUGUUUGCUUAACUGUAGUACUGUACCUGUUCUUCACUUUUCUACUACAAUAAACUUUUGGUUAUUAA